AUGACACCCAAGGGCAAGAAAGGCAAGGCUAGGGGUAGGGGGCUGCUGCCCCUGCCCCACGGACCCGUACAGAGGAAGUGGAGCCGGUCCCAGCGCCUGCUGUGUCUGAUGAGGAAAAUUCGAAGGGUUCCUCAGCCUCCCAGCCUGCCGCAGCCCAGGAGAAGAAGAAAAGAAAGAAGACAGCUACAGCUGAUGAGGAAGACUCGGAGGGUUCCUCAGCCUCCCAGCCUGCCGCAGCCCAGGAGAAGAAGAAAAGAAAGAAGACAGCUACAGCUGAUGAGGAAGACUCGGAGGGUUCCUCAGCCUCCCAGCCUGCCGCAGCCCAGGAGAAGAAGAAAAGAAAGAAGACAGCUACAGCUGAUGAGGAAGACUCGGAGGGUUCCUCAGCCUCCCAGCCUGCCGCAGCCCAGGAGAAGAAGAAAAGAAAGAAGACAGCUACAGCUGAUGAGGAAGACUCGGAGGGUUCCUCAGCCUCCCAGCCUGCCGCAGCCCAGGAGAAGAAGAAAAGAAAGAAGACAGCUACAGCUGAUGAGGAAGAUUCGGAGGGUUCCUCAGCCUCCCAGCCUGCCGCAGCUCAGGAGAAGAAGAAAAGAAAGAAGACAGCUACAGCUGAUGGGGAAGAUUCGGAGGGUUCCUCAGCCUCCCAGCCUGCCGCAGCCCAGGAGAAGAAGAAAAGAAAGAAGACAGCUACAGCUGAUGAGGAAGACUCGGAGGGUUCCUCAGCCUCCCAGCCUGCCGCAGCCCAGAAGAAGAAGAAAAGAAAGAAGACAGCUACAGCUGAUGAGGAAGACUCGGAGGGUUCCUCAGCCUCCCAGCCUGCCGCAGCCCAGGAGAAGAAGAAAAGAAAGAAGACAGCUACAGCUGAUGAGGAAGACUCGGAGGGUUCCUCAGCCUCCCAGCCUGCCGCAGCCCAGGAGAAGAAGAAAAGAAAGAAGACAGCUACAGCUGAUGAGGAAGACUCGGAGGGUUCCUCAGCCUCCCAGCCUGCCGCAGCUGAGGAGAAGAAGAAAAGAAAGAAGACAGCUACAGCUGAUGAGGAAGACUCGGAGGGUUCCUCAGCCUCCCAGCCUGCCGCAGCCCAGGAGAAGAAGAAAAGAAAGAAGACAGCUACAGCUGAUGAGGAAGACUCGGAGGGUUCCUCAGCCUCCCAGCCUGCCGCAGCCCAGAAGAAGAAAAGAAAGAAGACAGCUACAGCUGAUGGGGAAGACUCGGGAGGGUUCCUCAGCCUCCCAGCCUGCCGCAGCCCAGGAGAAGAAGAAAAGAAAGAAGACAGCUACAGCUGAUGAGGAAGACUCGGAGGGUUCCUCAGCCUCCCAGCCUGCCGCAGCUCAGGAGAAGAAGAAAAGAAAGAAGACAGCUACAGCUGAUGAGGAAGAUUCGGAGGGUUCCUCAGCCUCCCAGCCUGCCGCAGCCCAGGAUAAGAAGAAAAGAAAGAAGACAGCUACAGCUGAUGAGGAAGACUCGGAGGGUUCCUCAGCCUCCCAGCCUGCCGCAGCCCAGGAGAAGAAGAAAAGAAAGAAGACAGCUACAGCUGAUGGGGAAGACUCGGAGGGUUCCUCAGCCUCCCAGCCUGCCACAGCCCAGGAGAAGAAGAAAAGAAAGAAGACAGCUACAGCUGAUGAGGAAGAUUCGGAGGGUUCCUCAGCCUCCCAGCCUGCCGCAGCCCAGGAGAAGAAGAAAAGAAAGAAGACAGCUACAGCUGAUGGGGAAGACUCGGAGGGUUCCUCAGCCUCCCAGCCUGCCGCAGCCCAGGAGAAGAAGAAAAGAAAGAAGACAGCUACAGCUGAUGGGGAAGGCAGUACCCCUGGAGGGAUGGACAGCAAGAUACAAUGGCAGAAUUUUGGCUCAAUCACCCAAUCGUCUAUGACAAGGCACAACAGCAUUACAAGAACAAAUGAAGAUACAACAUUUAAAGGAGUUGAUUCAGCAAAACCGUGA